ACUUGCGCGGCAGAGAUCAAUUAGGUUUUGCGAGCCCGUAUAUAAAUUUCGCUUCGCCUCCAUUUUCUAGGGUUUUUGCGAUACGCUCGGGUGUCGUCCGCAGCAACAGAGAAGAAGAGAUGGCAAGGAUUAAGGUUCACGAACUUCGACAGAAGUCUAAGACGGAGCUCCUGAAUCAACUGAAUGACCUCAAAGCGGAGCUCGCUCUUCUUCGAGUCGCCAAGGUGACUGGAGGAGCCCCCAACAAGCUUUCCAAGAUCAAGGUGGUGAGGCUCUCGAUUGCGCAGGUGCUGACUGUGAUAUCCCAGAAGCAGAAGGCGGCGCUUAGAGAGGCUUACAAGAAGAAGAAGUUUCUCCCGCUUGAUCUCCGACCUAAGAAGACCCGCGCGAUAAGGCGUAAACUCACCAAGCGUCAGGCCUCACUGAAGACUGAACGGCAGAAGAAAAAGGAGUUGUAUUUUCCGUUGAGGAAGUAUGCUAUCAAAGCUUAGAAGAUUAUCAUCCCCAACUAUCUGUUUUUUUUUUUUUUUCUGAA